CAGUUACAUUGAAAAAGACGUGUGUUAUAUAAUUAAACGUUACAGUGUUAGAGAACAGUUGUGAAACGUGUGUGUGUGUGUAAAUUGUGAAAUACAUUGCUUGUGUGUGUGUGUGUGUGUCAGUGAGGAAUGCAGCAGCAGCAGAAACAGGCUCAGUAACCCUCAGCUCAAGCCUGAAAAAAUGUUGUUCAGAUCUACAUUAGCUAUCGUUUUCAUCACAGUGGCACUCAGUCUGGUCUUUGAAGCUGGCAUGUCCACAGGCACAAUGUCGGACCCUCAGACAUUUCUGUACUUUGCGUAUGGCAGCAACAUGCUGAAGGAGAGACUGCAACUGAAAAAUCCUUCAGCCACAGUGCAGUGUGUAGCCAAGCUUCAGGAUUACAAGCUAGUGUUUGGGAAUCAUAAGGGCGUGGUCAGUAAGCACUGGCGUGGGGGCGUGGCUUCGAUUGAGCCGAGUGGCAGAGACUCUGUGUGGGGCGUAGUCUGGAGAAUUAACACUGCCCAUCUGACCAACCUGGACAGACAGGAGGGUGUGAGGUCAGGUGUGUACUCUCCUGCAUCAGUCAAGGUAUCGUGUCAGGGUCACACAUUCACCUGUCGCACCUACAUCAUGAACAGCCGUGUUCAGGCGCCGCCAUCUCCACACUACCUGAAGGUGAUAAUGAUGGGAGCAGAGCAGAACGGCUUACCUAAAGCUUAUCAAGACAAACUGAAUUCUACUGAAACCAACAAAUAUGAUGGGCCACUUCCAAUGAUGGAUAAGGUGUAUGCUGCACUCAAAAACUCCAAAAAUGGGUCAACCUGAAACUUCAAAUCAUAACCAUAUAAGCAGAGAGUAACUGUACUGUGUGAGAUAAAAACUGUGUAAUGUACACAUUAAAUUAGUUUAAUUAGUUUAAGCAGUAACUAGUAAAAGAUGUGUUUAUAUUGUUUGGACUGAACGAUUUUUCUUCACAUCUGUACCUGGGAAAAAAAUAAAAUCAACAAAAUGUGA